CAGCGAGGCACGCCGUCCGGUGUGGCGGGGUAUAAAGUCCCCACAGGGACGCAACAGCAUCCCAAUCCUGCCGGAAUCCAGCUGGGAGCAUGUCCCCGCAGUACUGACCCCCGGAGGCGGCGUCCCGCGAGCGGCUGCAGGCGAGCUCCACACCAGGUGUCACAACUACGAUGAACGUUCAGUCUGCCAUCAACAGAGAGCUCUUCGUGCCUCGGGAUGAGCGGAUGCUGGUUGCAGUGGAGGUUCGCAGGAGGACCAAGAAGAGGAUGUCCUUCCUCCCUGCUGGAUCCAAAGGAGAUUAUGCAACAUUCAUCUGCGUUUCAGUGUCCAACACCAGACCGCAGCAGCUCUUCAUCACCAAGGUGAAGCGCUUUGUCGGCUCCCCCUCCUUCACCAGAAGGUCCCAGUGGACAGUGGAGCAGCUCCGGAAGGUCAACGGCAUCAACCCCAACAAGGACAGCCCGGAGUUCGACCUGGUGUUCGACAACGCCGCGGACCAGUGGGUGGCCGGCUCCUCUGCAGAGAAGUGCAUCUUCAUCCAGAUCCUGUACCACGCCUGCCAGACACACUGGGGCGGGAUACCCAAGAGCGUAGCACACCUGGGGAAGCUGGGAAAAGCAAGCCUGCAGAGAAGAGCCAGCCAGCCUGCCCCCUCUGAGACUGGGGGGGGUUCUAGAGAGUCUCCAAAAUCCAGGACCCUGCAGGCCCGGAGGAAGAGCCUCGCUCCUCCCAGACAGACCGAGUUCAUCAACUGCCAGUCCAAACUCACUGGAGGCGCCACCUCCAUGAAUCUGGUCGUGUACCGCUGCAAAGCUUUCCUCAACCGGGUGAAGAAAAUGGUCGUGAAAGGACAGGGCCGCGCGUCGCGUCAAGAAAAAGGUCCAGCUGGGCACCGGGCCACAGACAGAACCAUGGCCGACGUGGUGCACAGGAUGAACGUGGCCCUGGGGGAACGUGGCCACAGACUGACCCAAGCCGAGGACUCCACGGUGAAGCUGAUGCACAAAGCCCAGCAGUUCGCCGACACGGCUCACAAGCUGAUGCAGAAGUAUUCAAAGUAGCGUCUGCUGGAGGACGAGGAGGAGCUCUUUGGGAGCCCAGGACCUCCGUCUGAUGCAAGGCCUCAGGAGCGCAGCCCUCACGCUCCCCCACUCCUACUAAAUCCUUAGGAGCAACGGCCCUCAUGCUCCCCCACUCCCACUAAACCCUCGCUUCCUAACGCGUGACUGACCGUUAAAGGAUGAAAUCCCGCCCUCGUGGAUGGAAUCUUCCGUCUUCUUCCGGUGAAGAUCGUCUGCUCUGCCAGUGUCAGUGUUUUCCUCAUGUGUCGUCGCCUGCAUGAACGGUCGAGAUGAAGCUACAGCUGAAACAGUCCCUUUGUGUAACAUGUAAACAGCUGUUGUUGUUGUGUGUGACAUCCGUCUGUCUGUCCGGAUCACGUUCUCGUUUUAACCCGCUCUCGUCCGUGUCCGUCGUUCUGUCUGAGCUUUUGUCGGUUUUGUCCUGAACGCUGAAGGAUGAACUGGUCAGUUAUAGGUUUUCACAGACUCUGACUCCAGUGGAAACCCUUCGUGUUACUGUCGUAAGACUUUGACCUGUUGCUGCAAUAAUGUUUGUUAAAGAACUUCAUUCUAACUGCAUUCAUCUGUAACGUGAAAGCCUCGUGUGCACCAGACACUAGUCUUCUCUCUGACC